GAGUCAGUGCACGAGCGAGACGGGAGCGGACAGCGCUACGCACACCCUGCACGGAGGACCACCCGGGCAACACUGGUGGCUGCACCGUACCGCCACGCCAGUGUGGGAUCAGGGUUGCGCCGAGCUCGCUGGUGGGAGGAGGGGAAGCCUAGGCCUGCGUUUGAAGUUCUGACGGUGUCUUUCUCCACUCGGAAGUCCGCCCUCUGGGACGUGCUGCACUUCGAGACGUAUUUGCCGAAAGCGCCGAACUUGGACUCACGCUUACGAUUCCAGAUCGAAGUCGUCGGCUGUAGCCCUCUGGAUCUUGAAGCUCGUCGUGAGAGGACAGCAGCAUGGAGUGCCCUGUUUGCACCCACCCGUGGGAUUUUGAGGAACGACGGCCGAAGGGACUGCCUUGCCUGCACAGUGUGUGCGAUUCCUGUUUGUUGCAUCUUCCCAAUGAUCUGUGCCCUCAGUGCCGCAAGCCAUUCACGAUGCCGGUACCGGAUAACUUUUCCAUGGUGGAAUGUUUAGAAGCACUAAAUGGAAUUGCACUGAACAGCCGUGGAUCCGAAGAUCCCCAGAGACUUCGAGGCUCCUGGUGGUGCAUGGGCUGCCAGAGUCCCCCCACCGCGCUGUGCAGCGAGCACCACGACGUGAGGCGUCCCAAAGCGGCGCUGCAGGGAAGUCUGCAGGACUGGAUGCAGCGAGCGAGCCGUGACCUUGGGGAGGCCAUUCAAGAGCUGCCGGACGCCGCUGCCUUCAACACCCUGGAGCUGCUGCGUGCGCUGCCCGCCACCUGCACAAUGACGCUCCGCCAGGACGGCGGCAAAGGCCACGCAGCGGAGUGGCGCGUCGACGGGAGCGCGGCCGAGGACUCCCUGUUGAAGGCCCUCAUCGUUGGCCUGGCCGCCAGCGGACGGCUGGACCGGGAUCCCAUGGGAGCACGGGCAAGGAUGCCCCCAGCAGCUCAGCCGCAAGCGCCACCACCAGAUGAAGGUCGCAUUGUGCUGAAUUUGUCUCUCUCUGCGACUGACCGAUCUUGUCGUGUGGAUGAAAAGGCAGAAACGCUGCAACAAGUGCGGGACCACGGGCCCCAGUUUCUUUCGUGUGUGCAGGUGCGGCGGAUGACGGGAGUGGUAGGCCACAAAGACCCGGCGUGGGUCUUGGACGUGUUACGGAGUGCAGCCCCGUCGCUGCAGCAACUGCGGAUCCUCAACCCCGUCAGAGACCACCUUCUCCUGGUGCAUGCCAUGCCGCGACUGGAGAAGCUGGAACUGCGCUGCACGAACCGUGCCCUGUUCACGGAUCCACCCGUGCUGCCCGCCCUUUUCGAGCCGAGCACGGUGAGGUGGCUGCACGUGGGUGGGCUCCCUCGCGCCACCACGCUGAGUCUGCUGCGCGCGCACCACGCCUCACUCAAGGUCCUGUGGCUGGACGUGGGCCUGGAGCCUGCAGCGGAGUGGCCGUUCGGGUGCAGCGACCUGGUCGACUUCGUGCGCCAGUGUGGGCUUGACAUUAGGGAACUCGUCAUAGGCAGGGAAUGGUUAGACCGUUACGGAAUCAGACACGAUCGCACGAAAUGUCGAGCUCAAUUGCAACUUUUGGAGCGCAGUCUGCCGGACUGCUUAGUGUCUUGCGACGAUUGUGAUAUUCCUAUCAUCUAAUGUAAGUGGAGACAGGAUGGACUUCUGUCCGCACGUGGCUAUGACGCGUUAGUCUUGGACUUGAUGGAGGUUUUUGUUAAAAUUUCUGAAUAACUUUUCCUUUGUAUUCAAUUCAUUCCUUAGUUUUUAAUUCAUAUGCCGUAUGUCCGAAAAGUGAAUGUCUCAACAAUUAAUAAAAUAUUGUUUAAAAAUCCA